GAACGGUUCAUCUACCUGCGAGCGUUUCAUCUCCAUGCCCCUUUUCCUCUCGCUGUGACGGAACGUCAAGAUGGCGAUCGACCUUGAAGACGAGCGUAGUGCGGCAAACGACAGCCAAGGAACAGACAUGGAAGCCUCUCCGCCGGAUCAAUCUCUGCCCACCGUUCCUCCACCGAUGCAAUCACCACGGGAAUACCCAAACUUUCCGUUGGAUGAAACCAGCGGUCAGCCAAGGGCGAGGAACACACCAAGGAAUGAUUUUGACCUGCAAGAUGGAGAUAAUGCUAAUAAUCAGAGUACAUCAUCUGAAAAUAGUGUUCCAACAGUUGGGAUGUUCUUUCAAUCAGAGGAAGAGGCAUACAAGUUCUAUAAUUCUUAUGCCGAAGCUAAUGGAUUCAGCACUAGGAGGUGCCACAGAAAGUACAGAGCAGAUGGGACAUUAGCUUCAAGAUAUUUUGUUUGUAGCAAAUCAGGUGUGAAGGCUACUCAUCUAACACAUGUAACCAAGAAAGAACAAGCUACUUCGAGGACAGCUUGCAUGGCUCGUGUUCAAUUCAGCAUCACUCGGGAGGGUAUUUGGAAUGUUCAGAAAGUUAUACUCGAUCACAAUCAUCAGUUGGUAAGUCCAGAUAAAAGGCACAUGCUUAGAUCUCAACGUCAACUUUUAGACGCUGACCGCCACAUGAUUAAACAAAUGAGGACAUCCGGAAUUAGACAAUCUGAAAUAUAUGAUUAUUGUGAGCAAUUGUAUGGUAAGGAUGGUGUACCCUUCUUGCAAAUGGAUUGCAACAAUUACUUGCGAAGUGAGCGCAUGAAGUAUUUAGAAUCCAAAGAUGCAGAAACACUUAUGGAGUAUUUGAAGAAUAAGCAAGUUGAGGACCCUUCAUUCUUUUAUGCCGUGCAGCCAGAUAAAGUUGAAGGAAGAAUAAUGAAUAUCUUUUGGGUUGAUGGACAAGCUAUCAUGGAUUAUUCUGUCUUUGGGGAUGCUAUUUCUUUUGACACCACAUUUUCAACAAAUAAGUUUAAAAUGCCAUUUGCUCCGCUUGUUGGUGUUAACCAUCACAAACAGACUAUCCUUUUUGGUGCAGCUUUGCUAUAUGAUGAAACCGCAGAUUCAUUUGAGUGGCUUUUUAGAACCUUCCUACAAGCUAUGUCCGGUAAGCAGCCUGAAACCAUAUUCACUGAUCAAUGUGCGGCCAUUAUAAAGGCUAUUGGAAAUGUAUUUCCAAACACACGCCAUCGUCUUUGUUUGUGGCAUUUGUAUCAAAAUGCAGCUAAACAUCUAAGUCAAGUAAUCAGCAAUCAUCCUGAAUUUCUUAAAGAAUUUAAGAGAUGUGUGUAUGAAGAUAGAUCAGUGGCACACUUUGAGAAUAGAUGGCAUGGGCUAUUGUCUAAAUACCAGGUUGUGGACAAUUCAUGGAUGAACAAUUUGUACAAGCUGCGUGAGAAGUGGGCUACUAUUUAUCGUCGAGAUUCUUUUAGUGCAGACAUGACGACCACUCAGAGGAGCGAAGGAAUGAAUAAUGUGUUCAAGAAAAGUUUCCGCAAAAGACUAUGCCUCUCAGAAUUUUUACAAGCAUAUGAUAAGUGCACCGCCCGUCUUCGUAGGAAAGAAAAAUAUGAAGACUACAAAUCACGCCAUACCAGCCCAGUACUUUGCCUGUCUGACCUACCUUUGUUGAAGAUUGCAGCUGAAUCAUAUACUAGGACACUCUACUCUGAAUUUGAAGAGGAAUUCAAAAGGCAAUUUAAUUUGGCAUGUGUUUUGCUGGGCACCGAGGGCACAACUAGCACUUACAAGGUGACAUCCUUCCAGUACAAAAACGAUGAAGCUACAGUGGCUUUUAACCCAAGUACUUUGGAGAUAUCUUGUUCAUGCAGAUUGUAUGGUUGCAUAGGUAUAUUAUGCAAGCAUGCUCAUAAGGUUUUCACCUGCUGCAAUAUUAUUACACUACCAAGUCAUUACAUAUUGAACAGAUGGACAAAAUAUGCAAAGCAGGAAAUAUUUACAUCCAAACAGAAUAUUAAGGACAACCUACAAUACAUGUUUGCACAUACUUCUCGAAAGAUGAUGUCACUUGCAUUGAAGUGUAAGAGUUCAAAGGAGGUUCUUGGGUACCUCAAUGAUGGUAUUGAUAAGUUGGCUUUGGAAGUGGGCGAUUUACUAAGCAAGAUAAAUUUGGAUGAAGUUGAGGACCCUCAAAGUUCUGCUGAAAGUGGUGAAGAUAUUGCAAAAACAUUGGUUUCAUUUAAAGCUCCCGAGCGAAUAAAAGGUCGAAAGGAAAAAAGAUCAAAAGAUGUGCUAGAGAGAGCAAAGAAAGGCAAGAAAGAAGGAAAAACUUCGAACCAUCCAUCAAAGCAAUCAGUACUUGUUCCACCUAGAGAUGAAGCUUUUGAAGUUGAUUGUGCUUAUAAUACAAAUCCACAGACAACCAUGCCAUUAGGACAGUAUCAGCCAGCCUUAAUUCCACCUAUCCAUGGAGAAUUUACAAGAUUGUUGUUUGAGGUUCAUGAAGAUAGCACAACACCUCCAGCGGCUCGCCAAUUGGAUUUUGGCGAAGGUGCUAGUACAUCAUGGUUUCGACAGUAAUGUAUCAUGUUGGUGCUAAAUGCUAGUUAGCUGGGCAUGUCAGCUAAUUAUUGUUAUUUAAUUAUUACAACAUAACACUGAAGCCAUCUUUUGAUUUUGAUACAUGGUGCUUAUG